CCCAUUUUCACUGGAAGUUUAGCUUGCUCCAUUUUGCUGCUCUAUAUUUGUUGUAUAAACCCAUUUUCUGCUGAGGUUUAGCCUGCUCCAUUCUGCUGCUCUAUGUUUGCUCUGUAAAUCCAUUUUGUGUGGAAGUUUAGCCUGUUCCAUUCUGCUGCUCUAUAUUUGCUCUGUAAACCCAUUUUCUGUGGAAGUUUAGCCUGCUCAGAUUUCUAUCAGCUUAUCUCAAUGAAGAAGGGUACAAGUGACACGAGAACAAGUAAAGCAUCUGACACAAAGGAGAAGGGAAAGAGAGGAAGAGUCGAAUCAAGGUUGGCAUUGGUUAAAGCAAAAGAUUUAGACCAACCAAAACGACCUAGGGGAAGACCCCCUAAGAACAUCGAUUCUACAAAGGAGAUUGGUUCGUCAAGUGUACCUAAGAGACAAGUCCAUCGAACCCCAAAGAGGAAAAAUAAAAUAUGUUCCUUCCCAUCAGCAAUUCAGCAAAACUGGGAAGAAGUCAAAUUCCAUCUUCUUGAAAUACAAAAGGAGAUUGAGAAAAUAAAGAUAGAGAUGGUUAACGUGCAACUUGAACAGGCUACAAUUGUGGCUACAUUAAAGAAUGGAAUAAAAACCCAACAAGAAGCUAUCACUAAAAUCAAAAGAGAGAUGAUGGAUGUUCAGUUCCAGCAAAUUGUGCAAGCAGAAGUCAUAUCUAACAUAUCUUAGGAUGAAUGGCGCGGAUAUAAUUUUGAACUUAUCUUUCACUAUGCAAAUUAUGAUAUAUAAUAUCAUGAGGUUUAAUUUUGAAGUGUGUUAAAAUUGUAUAAAUAAACUCAAAUAUACUUUACAUGUAAUGUCAUGCACAUAAUGUUUUGUUUUA